CGAAAUCCAUCCAAUUCCCAUGAAAUUAAAUCCCAUAAUUCAUCUGACUAUCAGUUGCUCAAGAACUGAAACUGUUCUUUUGUCCAUUAUAGUUUCAAGCUAACAUGAAAAUUGCAAGUGCUGUUUUAUUCUUUCAAUUGAAUUUUCCUUUUCUCUUUACUUGCUUUUAUCACCUUUCUUUUAACAUAUGAAGCAUUUGUGAUAAAAGAAAGCAAAUCUUGAAAUUCCAAUGGAAAGUAAACAAACAGAAGCCAAGAAAUUCAAAGAUUGGAAACAGGCAGAGGAUACAAAAUUCAAAGGUUGGGAUUGCUGGUUGCUGGUUUUGUUGAUUGGAGUUAUGGUUUUAAUAGCAGCUGGGUAUACAAUUUUAAGAAGCUUUAAUCACUUCAAGAAAAGUUCACAUCACAACGGAGCCAUCGUCAAGAAAUAUGCUGAUGCUCUUGAGGUAGCGCUGCAAUUCUUUGAUGUACAGAAGUCUGGGAAAUUGGUGGAUAACAGGAUUGCUUGGAGAGGAGAUUCAGGUUUGCAAGAUGGAAGACAACAGGGCUUGGAUUUAUCAAAAGGAAUAUAUGAUGCUGGGGAUCUCAUCAAAUUUGGUUUCCCAAUGGCUUUCACUGCAACCAUGUUGUCUUGGGCUAUUCUUGAAUAUGGAGAUCAAAUGGAUAAAGUGAAGCAAUUGGAGUAUGCUCAAGAUUCUCUCAAGUGGAUCACUGAUUAUCUUAUCAAUGCUCAUCCUUCACCAGAUGUUCUCUAUGUUCAGGUUGGUGAUCCUGAUUUGGAUCAUAGUUGUUGGCAAAGACCAGAAACCAUGACAGAGGAAAGACCACUUCUGCAAGUUAAUACUUCUUUCCCAGGAUCUGAUGUUGCAGCAGAAACUGCAGCUGCAAUGGCAUCAGCAUCUCUUGUUUUCAAGAAAAUAAACUCUUCCUACUCUACUUUGCUCCUAGAACACUCUCAGCAACUUUUUAAUUUUGCUGAUACUUAUAGAAGCUCUUAUAGUGAGAGCAUUCCCCAAGUUCAGACAUUUUACAACUCCUCUGGAUAUGGAGAUGAACUCUUAUGGGCAGCUGCUUGGCUUUACCACGCAACUGGCGAUGAAUCAUACCUCAGAUAUGUAACUGAAAUGAACGGAGAGGAAUUCUCUUACUGGGGAAAUCCAACUUGGUUUACUUGGGAUGACAAGCAUGUUGGAGUUCAGGUUCUGCUAUCCAGGAUAAACAUGUUUGGUGCUGAAGGGAUGUCAAUGGAGGAGAAUCUUGAGCUUCAAAUGUACAGAGAAACAGCUGAGGCCUUCAUUUGUGGACUUCUUCCAGAUUCACCUACAGCCACAUCCAGCAGAACAGAAAACGGGCUGAUAUGGGUUGUCAAAUGGAAUUCUCUGCAGUAUUCUGUUGCCUCUGCAUUUAUAGCUCUUCUGUUCAGUGAUUACAUGGUGGCUUCCCAUAUUCCAACUCUGUACUGUAGUGGGAUAUUGUAUAGUCCAACUGAGCUUCGAAGUUUCGCCAUUUCACAGGCAGAUUAUAUCUUGGGAAAGAAUCCUAUGGAAAUGAGUUUUCUCGUUGGGUAUGGAAAUGAGUACCCUCAGUAUGUACACCAUAGAGGAUCAUCCAUUCCUGUUGAUGCCAAAACUGGGUGUAAAGAUGGAUUUGAAUGGCUUGACUCUCCUAAUCCUAAUCCAAAUAUAGCCGUUGGAGCUCUAGUUGGUGGCCCUUUCCUUAAUGAAACCUAUAACGACUCUCGAAGAAACAUAAUUCAAGCUGAAGCAACUACUUAUAAUGGUGCUCUCAUUGUUGGCCUUCUAUCAGGCUUAGUCUCCACUUCUUUGGCGGUUCAGUCUUUCACAUAGCAGAUAGCACAAUCCUCUUGUAAAGUCCAUAGCCAUUAAGAUAAUAGCUCAGUGUUUUAGUAUCCAUCUGAGAGAACAUUUGGAAAUCUGCUUUUGGGGUUUGAGGCUCCAAUGAGAUAGUUUGUAAAUAGUGGUAGUUAGAUGAUAAUAAUAAUAUAUCAUAUUUUUGUUUCUUGCAAA